AUGGAUAAAUAUGGUGUUUUAAACUUUAAUCUUUCUGAUUAAACACAUCCUUAAAUGAAGCUUUAGUUUGUUGUUUUAUGCUUCCUUUUCGGUAUUUAAGUAACAGUUGGAUUAAGUAUUCCUUUUCUUUUUUAUCAUCCUUAAUCAUUGAUGUGUAAAAUAGAAAAUUAAUGGUAAUCAUGUACAGAAUAAUAAAUGUGCCAAAACAAAUAUGAAUAUAAAUAUAAUGAAAAUGAACACUAUAAAAGUAUAUCUAUGGAAUUUAAUCUUUUAUGUGGCUAAUAAAAAUUAUAAGAAUCUGCUAUGCUUAGUUUUUCUUUAAUUGGAUAAGUAGUAGGCUAUUUAUUAAAUAUGCUUUUUGAAAUUCCUAAGCCCCAUAAAGCUAAAAUGUUAUUUUUUACUGUCAUAAUCGAGUUUUUUUGGCUUUGUUCUGUUAAAGUUGUUGUAUUGAAUGCUUUUUUCCUUACUAUUGUUCUUUUUGGAUGGAAUCUACUUUUCGCAUUCUAUUUUGGAUAAUAAUAUGCUUAUAUUUGUGAUGUUUAUUCUGCUACUAUUAAUAAUGUAGCCCCUGUAGCACUUGGAUUUAUAUAACCUUUUUUUGGGCUUUUUUAUUUAUGGUAUGCUAAUUCUAAUGGAAAUUGGAAAGAUCAUUUAGUCAAUUUUACAGCUAUUCCACUUUUGAUUUUCGGAAUAAUGUGGUUUUAUACUUAUGAUUAUAGAAACGAUUAAAAUGAAGUAGUAAAAUAAGAAAAAUCAAGAUUAGCAAGAAUAGAUACUAAUAAUUUCAUAACAGAAUUAUUUCAUAAAUAUGCUGAAUUAAUCACCUAACCAAAACUUUUAAAUAACACAAUAAUGUAUUUAGUAACUUGGGUUACAUCAUGUUUAGCCUAUACGAGUUCCUUUUUAGUAUUCAACGACAUUAGACAUGGUUCAUUUUUACAAAAUCUUCUCAUAAGUUAAUUCUUUGACGUUUUUGGUGCAUUUUUAGCCUGGAUUUUUGUUUUGAAUUUCCCAACAAGAAAUGUAAUGUUCAUAUCUUCUAUAAUAGCUGGUUUUAUUCAAGUAUUUACAAUUGGAGUAGGUGAUAAAUCAAGCUAUUUAAUCGAAAUGGGACCGAUUGUUAUGUCCAAAUAUUUCAAAUCAAUAAUUGUAGGUGGUUUACUUAUUGUAGUUCCAUAAUUAAUGCCUUAUAGGUAUUUAGUUUUACUCUUUACUUUGUCAAAUAUGGCAACUUUAGGAUUGAGUGCAGCUGUUCCUUUCUAUAAAAUGUUAAUGGAUGAACUUAAAAUUAAUAUUUUUGUUGUUUUUGGAGUUCUAGCGUUUGUGGGAAGCUAUUAUAUUAGAAAAUGGACUUAUAAAGAAGAUUUGGGAAUCACAGAAAGCCAACCUUAGUAUGUAGAAGGGUAAUAAGGUAAUUAGAUGACUUAAGCUAUUUAAGGAGGUAUUUAACCUAUUAGAGGAAAAACUCAUAAAUCGGAAGAAAAUAGAGAAAAGAAUCAUGAGGCUUUUUUACCAGGUACCCCUAAAUCAUCAAAAUAGCCUGUUGAUGGUCAUUAAUCGGAGAAACCAAAGGUAGUUCCAAUAUCUCGUUCAUAAAGAAUUGAUCAUGUAUAAGGAACUGAUAUAACAAUAGAAAAUAAAUAUGUAUUAGGAAAUGCCAAUACAAAAAUAUUUUCCGUAAAAUUUGAUCAUGAAGAUAAAUAUGUAGCAUGUGCAUGUGAAAAUGGUGAAAUUAGAAUUUUUAAUACAAAAUCUGGAAAAUUAUCGUACACUUUUUUUUCAUCUAGACCAAAUAUUCCAUUUAGUUAUGUUCGUUGGAGACCAUAAGGAUAAUCUUAGAAAACACGAAAUGUAUUUGUAUCUCUUAGUUCAGAAGGAGAAAUAUAGCAUUUUCAUUUAGCUUCUGGAAAACUUCUUUCUUUAAAAAAAGUAGAUAGCUUUGAUCCAUAAUUAUAUUGUAUGGAUUAUAAUAUAAAUGCAACAAAUUUUGCUGUAUGUGGUAGUGAACCAAUAAUAAGAGUAUAUGACGAAGAAACAAGAGAAUAAAUAUUAAAGCUUGGAGGUGAUUAAAUGUCAACUUCAGGACAUAGUUCGCGUGUUUUUUGUAUUAAAUAUGAUAAAGAAGAUUAUAAUAUACUUUAUACAGGAGGUUGGGAUUUUAGAGUAGUCAUAUGGGAUGUGAGGGAAAAAAAGGCUUUAUAAAAAGGUAUUUAUGGACCUCUUAUUUGCGGAGAUGGAAUUGAUUUAAAUGGAAAUUAUAUUCUUACUUCUUCUUGGACGGAAACUAAUCAACUUUAAAUUUGGGAUAGAAGAACUUAUAAAUUAGUUAGUGAUAUUGAUUGGGAUGUAACACUUAAGAGUAAUGCUCCAGUAUUUUUAUAUGCUGGAUAAUUUUCUAAAGAUGAGGGUGGAACAUUUAUUUUAGCAGGAGGUUCGAAUACGAAUGAAGUAAAGCUAUUUGAUAGGGAUAAUUAAAAUAAAGCUUUUUGUUGUAUUACGGAAUUUUCAAAAGAAGUCGAUACGGUGGAUUUCGGUAAUAAAGGAGAAUUAUUUGCUACUGCAGGAGGAGAUGGACUUUGUCGUAUAUUUAAAAUGAAUAUGUGA